UUUAAAUUUUAAAAUAAAUCUUUGCAAAAAAAAAAUUCAAAUCACCCGCGCAAAAUCUGUUAUAUGAUUCGUUCAAUUUAUCAGCUGUUUGGUAUAUUUUAUUUAUUAUUUACUUUCUUAAAUUGGCAAUAAAAAGUAAACUAAUUAAUAAUCUGAUAAUCUUCGACUUCCAGCAAACAAAUAUAUACACUUUGGACCAUAAUAUCGCGAAUUGCAAAUCAUAAAUAUUUAUUCGAGUGUCAAGUUUUCUGGUAUUAUUUAUCAACAAGUUUUGCAUUCAAGUAAUUAAUUAAUUAAUUAACCAAAUAAUUAAUUUAUCAAGUCAAUAAACGAAUAGCGCAACAAUAAAUAACAAUAAUUAUUUUAAAAUAAAAUCUAAAACAUUUUCUAACCUCAACGGUGAUAACAAUAAAGUUAUUUUUGUUUUUGUUGUACGUAAUUUAAUUGGUGUACUCCAUUUUGUCCGCAAAAAAUGAAAAGUGUUUAGUUAACGGCAGCUGAAAAUUUUUGAUAAUCACUUUGAAUAUUUAUUUGAAUUCUUAUUAUUUAAAGGAAGGGUGAUAUGAUGAAAAACUUAAUUUUAACAAAAGAAACUCAUCGUUUGACGGUAGAUCAACGUAUAUUUUAUGAAACAAAUGGUUAUUUGGUAAUACCGCAAUUGAUAUCACAUGAUGUAUUGGAAAAAUGUACACAAAGAUUUGAUGACAUUGUGGAUGGAAAAGUCGAUCGUGGUAUGAUGACAGUAAUGCGUGAUGUAAUUGAUCGAAAAUCAGUCAAUAAAAUUCAAGAUAUUAAUCAUGAUUCGAUAUUUCGUUCUUAUAUUGAGAAUAAAAAACUUUUAGAUACCGUUGAAAUAUUUACUGGCCCUAAUAUUAUUGCAAUGCACAGUAUGCUAAUUGCAAAACCUCCUGAUUCUGGACUUGAUAGCAGCAGACAUCCACCUCAUCAAGAUUUAUAUUAUUUUCCAUUUCGACCAGCAGACUCAAUAGUCGCUGCAUGGACGGCUAUAGAACCUUGUGAUACUUCAAAUGGUUGUCUUUUUGUAGCACCUGGAUCCCAUAUUCCUCGAAAACUGUAUCCACAUACUUACCCAAAAAAUAAUAAUGCAAUUAACAAAUUUUAUCAUGGUAUUUAUGAUUUACCAGAAUCUACAAGAUGGAUUGAUUUGGAAAUGGAACCCGGUGAUACCGUAUUUUUUCAUCCGUUAUUAAUUCAUGGUUCAGGUGUUAAUAAAUCAAAUCGCACGCGAAAAGCUAUAUCCUGUCAUUACGCAUCUGCUGAAUGUCAAUAUAUUGACGUACGAGGGACUGUUCAAGAACCCAUUCGUAAUGAAGUGAUAGAGUUGGUACGAAAACGAUAUCCAGACUGAAACAAAGAGCGAUUGUGAUAUCCCGGCUGCAAGGUCUAUCGAGAUGGGCCACCCCAAUUGUUAAAUAAACAAUACAAAUGACUAAGGCGACCGUGAGGCCAAGACAUCGUCACCAGCAACGGGAUGUUUAUAUUCUUGUUUCGCUCGUCAAUGAGAGAAGACUAUCAAGUUUAUAUAAUUCAGAAUGCAUACAUAAGUAUUCAGUUCUAAAUAAUAAAAAAUAUCAAAUAAAUGUUCAAACGGCUUAUUUACAAAAAUCAGUAUCCGAAAUUUUCGGAAAUAAGUUAUAAUAUUGUAUACAUUUAUACAAAAAUAAAUCAACUAGGUAAAUAUAUUUUUUAAAGUAUUAGAAAUAAAAUAUUGAUAUACUGGCUAAAGUAUGAUUUUAUGUACUGACUUU